AUGUAUGGCGAACUAGGGAACAAAUUGGUCCAGCAUGCCAAACGUACGCAGUCUCUGGCCCAUUUGCCCCCGUACCAGACCGAGAUAGUACGCUCCGUGACUCGCGAAGUUCGAGACCUCGACAAAGAUGUUGCGCGCCACCUCGCCCCGUUUGAAGGCAGCUUCAACCCCUCCGCGGAACCGGCGGUCGCGUGCGCCCUCCUUGUCGAUCAUCUCUGCAUGCGUCGCAACAAAAGAUGCCUGCUAGCCUACCAUCGCGUUCGUGCAGAGAAGCUCGAGGAGAUGUGUUGGAAGGGCAUUGAUGUGCUGGAGCAGCAACAACCCAGUGAGUCGGACGAGGGACCAGCAAGCUCGCAGAGCGGGGGCCACAGCUCCCUCAGUCCGGAAGAGGAGGAGUAUUUCAGGCAAUACAGUGACCUUCUGGCUGCCUAUAAGGGCCAGUGGACCGAUAUCGACCUUACGGGUAGUUUAGAACCACCCAAGGACCUGUUUAUCGAUGUCCGGGUGCUGAAGGACGCGGGCGAGAUCCAGACCGAAUAUGGCCAGUUCUACGUGCGACAGGGCGACGUCGAACGAUUGAUCGCACAGGGAUUUCUUCAACGGUUAAGUUAA